AUGAGCAGACGCUCGAGCAGAACUGUCUACGUUGGAAAUCUACCUGGUGAUAUCCGUGAAAGAGAAGUUGAAGAUUUGUUUCUGAAGUAUGGACACAUAACUCACAUUGACCUAAAAGUUCCCCCAAGACCACCUGGUUAUGCAUUUGUAGAGUUUGAAGAUGCUCAAGAUGCUGAAGAUGCAAUUCGAGGGCGGGAUGGCUAUGAUUUUGAUGGGCACCGGUUACGGGUGGAGCCUGCCCAUGGUGGACGUGGUCAUUCAUCCUCAAGAGAUCGACACAGCAGUCACAGCAAUGGCCGUGCUGGUCGUGGGGUAUCCAGGCGCUCUGAAUAUCGUGUUCUAGUUACUGGAUUGCCCUCUUCAGCAUCCUGGCAAGAUCUUAAGGACCACAUGCGAAAGGCAGGGGAUGUUUGCUUUUCCCAAGUUUUUCAUGAUGGAAGGGGUACUACUGGUAUUGUGGAUUACACAAAUUAUGAUGAUAUGAAAUAUGCUAUCAAGAAGCUUGAUGACUCUGAGUUCCGGAAUGCAUUUUCCAAGGGCUAUGUUCGCGUGAGGGAAUAUGAUUCUAGGCGGGAUUCAUCUAGAAGUCCUAGCCGUGGCCCAUCUCAUUCUAGAGGAAGAAGCUAUAGUCGCAGCCGAAGCCGAAGUUACAGUCGGGAUCGGAGCCAAAGCAAAUCUCCAAAGGGUAAAUCAUCACAGCGAUCACCUGCCAAAUCUCCAUCAAGAUCUCCCUCACGAUCUCGCUCAAGAUCAAAGUCUCGAUCAUUGUCAGGUAUGGUUGACCUCCUUGGUCACCUUACUGAUGUGUUUAGACAUUCUGGAAAAUGGAAAUUAGGAUCAUGGUGGGAUUUGGUUCAAUUGUCUGCAACUCAUUUGUUGUGGAGAUUGGGGACCAAGGAGAUCAUGGAUUGCCAUAUAGAGCUGGAUUGUGAUGCACCAUCUGGAUUCUCUGGAUUUUGUGGUGCAGUAGGGAAGAUUUCUUUUCUCACAACAAUUGAUCACGGUCCAGGUCCAGAUCUCCAUUGCCGUCUCGUAAUAAAAGUCCCAAAAGGCGCAGUGCUAGCAGGAGUCCGAGUAGGAGCAGAAGUAGGAGCAAGAGUUUGUCUCGGUCUCUAUCUUGAACUCUGA